GUGGAGGUUAUACAUGUGGGACAGAAGAAAAAAUGUGUGAUCAAUAUUUGUGUGUAAAGGUACAGUUUUUCUGUGAUGGAGAAGUUGACUGUGAUGAUGGUGAGGAUGAAAAUAACUGUGCCAACAUAGAGUUAGGGAAACACUGUGUGGAUCAUGAGUUUAAUUGUGGCGAUAAAUGUAUUUCUGAUGAGAAGAUUUGUGAUGGCUUUGAUGAUUGUGGCAAUGGUGCUGAUGAAUCAUUUGGUCUUCACUGCCUUUCUGGAAAUAACUUUACUUGUGAGAAGAAUAAUGGUGGAUGUGAUCAAAAAUGCAUUCCGAACGCAAAUAUGACAUUAGGGCGACAUUGUGAAUGUUACCCUGGUUUCAGCUUGGUUUCUGGUUCCAGCACAAAAUGUAAAGAUAUUGAUGAAUGUGCAAACCUAGGGCUGUGUUCACAAAUAUGCACCAACACAGAGGGCUCUUACAAAUGUGAAUGUUUUGCUGGUUAUAGCUUGACAAAUCACCACUACUGUAAAGCUAAUGAUGGUAGUCAUGCUGCACUUAUUCUCUCCAGCCAUCAUGAAAUUAGACGGUACCAGUUAGAUACAUAUCAUUAUUCACUUUUGUUGGAGAAUGAAACGAAUGCUGUUGCCAUAGAUUUUGACAUUCGAAAUGAUUUGAUCUUCUGGACCGAUGUGGAAUCUGAAAAAAUUUAUUCGGCUAACAUGACAUCUGGCUACAGGAAAGUGAUCAUUGAAGAUGACAUUCGAAUGCCAGGCGGUCUUGCUGUUGACUGGGUUCAUCAAAAUUUGUACUUGUCAGAUGCAGACUUAGACAAAAUUCAAGUGACACGAUUUGAUGGAUCUUGUCGCAAAACCCUUUUGCAUGAAGAUCUUGAUGAACCAAGAGCUUUGACUGUAGAUCCAAGCAGUGGCUGGAUGUACUGGACAGACUGGGGCAGAAAGCCUAGAAUAGAAAAAUGUGGGAUGAAUGGGCAGCAUAGAACAGAGAUUGUGACGAAGGACAUUUCAUGGCCAAAUGGUCUCACUAUUGAUUACGUUCAGCAACGCCUGUACUGGGUGGAUGCUAAGCUGCAUAUCAUUGGAAGUUCUGACCUGGAUGGCAACAACUACCAAACUGUAUUGAGAGACCAUAGGAAACUUGGUCAUCCUUUUGCUAUCACAGUAUUUGAAGACUACCUAUACUGGACUGACUGGAUGACAAAUGCAGUCCACAGAAUCAGUAAAUUUGAUCAUAAAAAUAUAUCAACCAUUGCACUGGAUUUAAAGUCACCAAUGGAUAUCCAUGUAUAUCACAUCUACAGACAACCAUUAGUGGUGAAUCAUUGUGGGGAUGAUAAUGGUGGCUGCUCGCAUUUAUGCCUUCCUGUGCCUCAAGUCAAGAAAAGUUAUGUGCCAAAAUGGUCUGUUUGUGCAUGUCCAGAUCAUAUGGUAUUGGAUCAUUUCAAUUGCAAGCAGUCUGAUGAAGCUAUGAAUACCAAGGCCAAUCAGCAGAAGUAUACAGAUAACAUCAGCAAAAACCAUCCUCAGUCUUCUGAACCUGUGACUAUGCUCACAGAAGCGACACCUGUCAAAUCACAUAUUAAAGUUCCCCAGACUUUUCCAGACACAGCUGUGAAUACAACUUACAUUGAGAUUUUAGAGAAGAAGGAGAGUGUUGGAUUUAUUGCUGGAAUCGUUAUUAUCAUUUUGAUUGUUUUUGGACUUCUUACAUUUAUAGUUGCCUUCGUACUGUUGAAAAAGUAUAAGUCUAGAAAUGGGAAGUCAUUCAACUUUGAUAAUCCUGUGUACCGAAAAACUACAACAGAUGAUCAGUUAAUAAUGGAGAAAAAUGUAACAAGACUUUCCCAGACUCUGCAGCCAUUAAAUCCAUUAAGUGAUGCGGUGUGA